GAGCAGUACCUCCUCCUCCUCCUGUCGGACUCGAACCUGCCGACGGGAGGCUUUGUCGCCUCGUCCGGCCUCGAGUCGUGGAUCCAGCACGGCAACCUCGCCCUCGCCGCACCCGAACCUGCGCCCGCGACCUCGUCCGCCUCGCCCGCUCCGUCGCCUCAUCUCCCCACCGCCGCCCUCAAGACCCGACCUCAGCCAGAAGCGGCGCUCCUCGCGUUCGUGACACACUCGCUGCACUCGUACGCGAGGCUCAACGUGCCCCUCCUUCGGUCCGCCCACGCCGCCGUCUCGUCCCUCCACUCGUCGUCCUCGUCCCCGCCUCCCGCCGGCGCACCACCACCCGCCGACCAUGCCCGCCCCUCGCCCACCGACAUCGACACCGCCCUAGAGCACGUCCUCGCCGCCGACGCCCUGUGCGAGUGCAUGACGCUCAACCACGUGGCGCGCCGGGCGAGCACGGCGCAAGGCGUCGCGCUACUCACGCUGUACGAGCGCGCGCUCGCGCCCGAGCUACCACCGCCGGGCGCGGUCGACGGCGGGAAGGGAGCAGCGGCGGCAGGCGAGGUGGUGGCGAGGUACAGGGCGGCGAUCAGGGCCGGGCAGGGCGGCGGAAAGGCGGUCGAGGGUGGGAACGGGCACAUGAGCGUCGCGUUCGCUGUCAUGACGGCCGCGGUCGGGCUCGGACUAGACGCCUCGAUCGACCUCUUCCUGUUCCUCCACGCGCGGUCCCUCCUCUCGUCGGCCGUCCGGCUCAACAACGUCGGGCCGUACGUCGCGCACCGUCUCCUCCUGUGGGACGUCAAGGCCCUCGUCGACGGCGCCGUCGCUGCGACCUCGUGGAAGAUCGCGUGGGGCGCCGACGACGGGACGGGCGUGCAGGGCGGGCCCGUGACGAGCUGGCCGCUGGGCGAGAUCAUCGCGAGCCGGCACGACCAGCUCUUUACGCGCGUCUUCAACAGCUAG